AUGGAGAAUAAAUCACUUAUCGGCGUGAACAAGCCGUUUCCAGCACCCUUGCCAGCCUCAGAAGACUAUGUGGUGGAAUUUAAUGGCCACAAUGACCCCGAUCAUCCACAAAACUGGAAAGUCUCUUUGAAAGUAUUCAUCUCGGUCCUUGUUUGCUCGGGAACAUUCAUCGUCUCACUCACAAGUGCGAUAUUCGCACCUGGAAUCGAUGAAGUAAGCAAAGCUUUCGGAGUCAGCACUGUUGUCGGAACACUAGGAACAACUCUUUACGUCCUGGGCUUCUCAUUCGGACCUGUGAUUUGGGGUCCAGCAUCUGAACUGAAAGGCAGAAAAUGGCCAUUGACAAUUGCAAUGUUAGGGGGUGGCAUCUUUACCAUCGCCUCGGCCGUUGCAAAAGACCUCCAAACAUUGAUCAUCUGCCGGUUCUUCGCGGGGGUAUGCGGUGCAAGCCAGUUGACAGUUGUCCCCGGAGUACUGGCAGAUUUGUACGACAAUUCGACCCGCGGAGUGGCAAUCUCACUGUACGCGUUGACGGUGUUUGUCGGACCGUUCAUGGCCCCUUUUGUCGGGGGCUUUAUUGCAUCUAGUCAACUUGGCUGGCGGUGGACGCUUUAUAUCCCUGCUAUUCUGAGCUUGGUGAACGGUGCAAUAAGCGUUCUCUUUCUUAGCGAGACGUAUCCUCCUUGCUUGCUUGUCGCGAAGGCUGCUCGCAUUCGCAAAGAGUCGGGUAACUGGGGCAUACAUGCCAGACAGGAGAAACUCGAGCUUGACUUUUCGAGUCUUCUGGAAAAGUACUUCAUGCGACCAUUGAAGCUGCUGUUCAUGGAACCCAUCCUUCUCGUUGUCUCUCUAUACAUGUCCUUCAUCUAUGGUCUGGUCUAUGCGCUGCUCGAGGCGUACCCAUUUGUCUUCGAAAGUGUGUAUGGGAUGACCCCCGGAGUUGCUGGGCUGAUGUUUAUCGGAUUGACAAUCGGCGUGGGACUUGCUUGUACGUUCAUUCUGUUCAGGCAAGUCACUUACGCCAAGAAACUCGCGGAGAACAAAGGCGUGCCAGUUCCCGAGUGGCGCCUGGGCCCUACACUGCUUGGAGCACCUGUGUUUACAGUUGGUCUUUUCUGGUUUGGAUGGACCGGCUUUACUUCCAAGAUACAUUGGGCUGCACCCGCCGCGGCUGGAAUCUUCAUAGGAUUUGGAGUUUUGUGCAUCUUUCUUCCAUGCUUCAACUAUAUUGUUGAUUCAUAUCUGCCGAUCGCCGCUUCAGCUGUCGCUGCAAACAUCAUCCUCCGAUCAGCGUUAGCUGCUGGGUUCCCUCUCUUCGCUAGACAAAUGUUCCAAAAUAUGGGGAUUCAAUGGGCUGGUACUUUGUUAGGAUGUCUGGCUGCCAUCAUGAUUCCGAUCCCAAUUGUAUUCAGGGCUUAUGGGCCGAUGCUGCGAGGUAAAAGCAGGGUGUUUAGGUAA